AUGAAGUUCCUAUUUGCUUUGGGGUUGGUGGUCGUUACGGUCUAUGUGCACGGCGACCAGGUUGGUACUACCACUGGUUAUUGGUACGUUUAGAGGUUUUUUGCUGAAAUUUGAAAAGUUUGUUUAUAUGUAAAAUACGUAUUUUUACGUUAUGACGGUCUUUCAUACCAAUUAGUACUUAACAUUCGUAUUUCAGGGACUGCUGCAAACCUUCCUGUGCAUGGCCAGGCAAGGCCAAUGUCUCUCGUCCAUCUUUGGCUUGUGACAUCAACGAUCAACCAAUCAACGACAGCAACGCUUACUCUGGCUGUGGAGACGACGGUGUAGCUUAUAUGUGUUCUCACGAACAACCAUGGGCCAUCGAUGACAACCUAUCGUAUGGGUUUGCGGCCGUAAACAUUGGCGGUCAAACCGAAGCUGACUGGUGUUGUGCUUGCUACGAGCUGACCUUCACUGACGAUCCAAUUAAGGGCAAAAAGUUUGUGGUACAAGCUACGAACACUGGUGGAGAUUUGCAAGACAAUCACUUUGAUAUGGCUAUUCCUGGCUGUGGAGUGGGCUACUUGAAUGGAUGUACCGCCGAAUACAAUGCCCCAGCCGAUGGAUGGGGAGCUCGUUAUGGUGGUAUCUCUCAAGAGGAAGAGUGUAGUGAGCUGCCAGAGCUUCUUCAACCCGGAUGUGAGUGGAGAUGGAGUUGGUACUUGGGAGCUCAGAUCCCAAAUGUCACUUUCACUCGAGUCAAGUGUCCCACUGAGAUCACUGAUAAGAGUCAAUGUAUUCGUGACGAUGAGAACACUUUUUCUGGUUAA